UUAACGCGGGAAGAGUGCGUGUUGUCAUUCAUUCACCAAAAGUUCAGUCUCUGAGUUUCGUACUUACAGUUGCGGUACACACUCUCGAUAAUAGAUAAGAGAACAAGAUGGUUAGAACAAAAUCAGAUAAUACUGCACGGAAAGCUGUAGCAGCAAAAGCACCUAGAAAGGCCCUUGUCACACCUUCCCCACGGGCGGGUUUAUCAUCUCCAAAGGGACGAUCAUCAGGGUCGAGUAAAAAUCGUUGGGCAGGUGGUAACCCAGCCGUGAAGAGAGAGGUACCAGACUGGCAGAAACCAAUAACCGGCUUCUUCUCACCAAGUAAAAAAGAUAAAGAGAAUUCCACCCCAGAAGACGAAGAAAAUGACAUCGUAGAAGUAGGACAAAGCAGUAAUGAUAUUGAGGAAAGUGAAACCCCCAGCGCACAAUCCAGUGGCUCAUCAGAAACAAGCAGCAAAAGCAACAGUAAAGAUGACUUAAUGGAUAGUGAUGAUGACGAGUGAUUCGUUACCUUUUAAAUAGACCUGUUAAAAUUCAGGAGAAACUUGUGGUGCUGUUGACCUACAUUCUGUUCUGUGUUUAGAAUGUUUACGUACACAUUUUGAGGCAAAAUGUUUGUUUUGGAGUGUGCUGCAUUCAUCCCCAAAGCUUCGGAGAUAAGCAGCGCCUGUCAAAAGCAAUAUUAAGUCCGAAAAUAUGUACGUAUACAUUCUACACACACUCUAUGUAUUAGUCUAGCUGCGCCAAGUAGCCUUGGCCUGCAGAACAAAUGCAAGAGAGAGAAAUUAUUGGCAUAAAUCUAGCCAAAAUGUGUCAUCAAAAACCAAAAAUUGCUACCAUCUUCAAUGACUCAUCAAAUUGAAUUGAAAGGUCUUUGUGAGUAUGUAUGGACAUGACAGAUGAUAACUGUAAAACAGGGAAUGCUGAUAUAAAUUUUGCAAAAGUUAUGAAGACUAUGUUGGAUUUUUAUACGAUCUUUGCCCACACUGCAUCCUGCAAUGUUGGCUCUGAGUGUAUCUCGGGAUAAGAUGGUGACGUUGAGUCCAGAUAGUGAGAUAAUAAUGUGCAUCUAAAUUAUUUCAAAUAUCGAACUAUCCUGCACGCAGGGAAUAAAAAAAAGGGGAAGACUGUCUGAACUCUAGGCUCUGAGAGGGAACAUUUUCACUACUUGAACUGUGAAAAUGGGCAGAAUUUCAAGAGAAAGCUUCUUGUGGAGUUUGUCAAUUUUUAAAUUGCCAAAUAUGACAGUGAAAUUUCUGUAUUCUUUGCUGCCACUUCAUAGCCAAAUUUGGUCCUCUUGAAGGUUAGAGUUGUUUGAUUUGAACAGUGUAUUAUCAUCACUUGUGCACAAAUACUCGAAAAUGUGAUGCAUGAGACAUUGCAUUCAAUUUUCAUGAGCUACCCUGCCACACUAAAAUUGUUUUUAUUUUGGGGACAUUUCAUUUUCACCUCUAUUGUAAAUACACACUCUUUCAUCAUAUUUUAUC